GUUUACAUUGUCGAAAACGGUCAGAGAAUGAAGCGCAAUUCGACCUUAGCAGACACAUCGAGAGUGGAAUAUCUGCAGGCAUACAUGGGGAGUACGCUGGAUGCAAUAAGGAAUGGAUCGGAUACAAGAGGGUACUUUGUAUGGUCGUUCCUAGAUGUGCCGGAGAUGCUAGAUGGUUAUGAAUUGAGUUUCGGAUUGUAUUACGUAGAUUUGGAUGAUCCGGAUUUGAAGAGACAACCCAAGUUAUCUUCAUAUUGGUAUUCCCAUUUUCUCAAGGGAGGGAAUGUUGGUCCUGAUAUGCUCAUGCACUUCAACACUUCACACCCACAUUUCUUCCGGUAG